GUUUUUCUGUCCGAUUUUUCUGCAGAUUCGUCUCAGUAAAAGGUGUUCAAUGAACAAGCUAUGAUGAAGAGACUGAAAGAGAAUGGCAAAGUAACCAGGCUCUGCAACAUUUUCAAGUUGCCGCUUGGAUCCCAGUGACCAGCCUGUCAUGUGACAUCAUUGAGGCCGCCAUGUGCGAGAGGGACAGGAGUCGAGGUUGUAACGACUCCGGCCUCACCGUCUGUACCUCGGUGUGGGACAACCUCAGCUGCGUGCUGGACUACAACCUCAGCCAGGGCUUGGACUGCGAGUCACCCUCUGGGGGCGCCCUCACCUCAGCAUACUUUCACGUCCUAGUCUACGUCCUGUACUGUGCCAUCUUCCUGCUCGCCCUGCUGGGCAACGGACUCGUCUGCUACGUGGUGCAUUCCUCUCCGCGCAUGCGCACCGUCACUAACCUCUUCAUCGUCAACCUCGCGGUCGGUGAUAUCCUCAUGACGGUGUUCUGUGUGCCCUUCACCUUCGUCACCACGUUGCUACUACAGUACUGGCCGUUCGGCAGGACCAUGUGUAGCACUGUCAGCUACUCUCAGGCAAUCUCUGUGUUUGUAAGUGCAUACACUCUGGUGGCGAUCAGCAUUGACCGCUUCAUGGCGAUAAUGUGGCCGCUGAAACCUCGCAUGGGGAAACGUCAGGCGAAGGUCAUCAUACUGAUAGUGUGGCUAGUCGCCCUCUUGACGGCGUUGCCCAUCCCUCUGGUGUCCCGAAUAGGGUACCCGACACACUGGCACCAGAUGUGUGACAAAGGUAUCUGCCACGAGGUGUGGGAGAACGAGGAACACCGGACACUGUACAGUAUGUCACUGCUGGUGCUACAGUACGUCAUCCCGCUGCUGGUGCUCAUCUUCACCUACUCUAGUAUCGCCGUGGUGGUCUGGGGCAAGCGUCCCCCAGGAGAGGCGGAGAACUGUCGGGACCAAAGGAUGGCACGCUCAAAGAGAAAGAUGAUCAAGAUGAUGGUGGUCGUAGUUGUAGUCUUUACGGUUUGUUGGUUACCACUAAACGUACUAAAUCUAGUGUGGGAGAGCAACCCUAGUAUCAGCUCUUGGAGUGGACUGCCGUUUUUGUGGUUUGCCUUCCAUUGGCACGCCAUGUCCCACACAUGCUACAACCCUGUCAUAUACUGUUGGAUGUUACAGCUAGUGUGGGAGAGCAACCCUAGUAUCAGCUCUUGGAGUGGACUGCCGUUUUUUUGGUUUGCCUUCCAUUGGCUCGCCAUGUCCCACACAUGCUACAACCCUGUCAUAUACUGUUGGAUGAACUCCCGGUUCCGCGCCGGUUUCAGUACAGUCCUGCACAUUUUCCCGAACAAGUACCAAGGAGCCCACUCACAGCACGAGCACUCCGUACUUCACCGCUUCAACACCUCCACGACCUACUUGAGCUCCCGCCGCGAGCCCAACCAGUCGCUCAAGUCCGUCUCCCUGAGCGAGCGGAACACCCUGUACAAGAGCAAGAGCGCUGUCCACUACCGAGACAACCAGAUGUAGACCAAAUCCUAGGUGUAAGUUUUUUAUGUGAACUAUGUGUAAAUAUUGUAUUAAUAAAUAAAUUAUUUUGAAUUCCUUUU